UUCUCUUCUCUGCACUCUGCUUGCCGCCGCUGCUGCUGCUGCUUUCCCUCACUUUCUUCUUCCUCGGUGUCCGUUGGAACCCAAAGUUGUCGUCUAAAGCGCUCUCUCUCUCUCUCUCUCUCUCUCUAACAUGAGCAUGAGAAGAGUGGGGAUUAUAAUCCAGUACAGCCAUCGGUUAUGAAUACCACAACCGAACCGCCACCGCCACCCCCACCCCAGCCCCACCGCUCCUCCUUUAGUUGUGACCGCCACCCCAGCGAGCAGUUCACGGGCUUCUGCCCCUCAUGCCUCUGCGAGCGCCUCACCACUCUCGAUCCCUCCUCCUCCGCCUCCUCCUCCCGCCGCCCCUCUAACGCCACUGCCACCACCUCCGCCCUUAAAUCCAUCUUCCGACUUCCCACUGCCACUGCAACCGCCACCGCCGCCGGUAAUAGUUACAAGAACAAGCCUUCUUCUUCUUCCUUCUUGCCGGAGCUCCGCCGCACGAAGUCGUUUUCGGCCUCGAAGAACGAGGGGUUUUCCGGAGUGUUCGAGCCCCAGCGCAAGUCCUGCGACGUUAGGGUUCGGAACACGCUCUGUUCCCUCUUUAGCAUCGACGACGAACGCAAGUCGUCUUCUAGGAGGGAGGAUCUUCCGGUUGAAGCUGAGUCGGCUCGGAACCUUGGCUCGUUCUCUUCUUGUGUCGCGUGUCCGGUCUUCGAGUCGAGAGAGGACGAGAACGACAAUGACGGUGAUGAAAUUAGGGUUUCCGAGGAGGUAAGUGUCGUCAGAGAACCGGUAGGAGAAAUCGCGGAGGAGGUUGUGGAAGAGGUUAAGAGGAUGAAGGACCACAUCGAUCUCGAUUCGCAGGCGAAGAAGCCCUCGGGUUUCUGGUCCGCAGCGUCGGGCUUCGGCAAGAAAUGGUACAACUGGAGGCAGAAACAGAAGCUGAAGAAGCGAAACGCCGGCGCCGACUCGGUGGCAUUGCCGGUGGAGAAGCCGAUUUCCAGGCAGUUCCGCGAAACGCAGUCGGAAAUCGCUGAUUACGGCUUCGGCCGGCGGUCUUGCGACACCGAUCCGCGAUUCUCCCUCGACGCCGGCCGGAUGUCGUUGGACGAUCCUCGCUACUCCUUCGACGAGCCUAGAGCUUCCUGGGACGGGUACUUGGUUGGCCGGAACUUUCCGCGGCUUCCUCCAAUGCUUGCGGUUGUGGAGGAUUCUCCAGCGGUGCACAUUUCAAGGUCCGAUGCUCAAAUUCCGGUUGAAGAGCCACCGAAUUGUACCAAUGACAACGAUAACAGCCCCGGUGGGUCAACGCAAACUCGGGACUACUACAAUGACUCGUCCUCCCGGCGAAGGAAGAGCCUGGACCGGUCCAGCUCAAUAAGAAAGACGGCCGCAGCAGUGGUGGCAGAAAUUGACGAAACCAAAGCGGUUUCGAACUCUAAAGUAUCACCGGCAACCGUUGAUCACCUUCAAGGAUCCAAGUUUUCCGGGGGUGACAAAGAGUUGAGGGAUUCAAACUCAAACUCAUUGAGAGAUGACAAUUCCGAGACUUUUGAAUUGGGUUUUGGGGAUAAUAGUUCAGUGAUUGGAAAUGGAGAUAGGAAGGGUCCCAAGAAGAGCCGCAGGUGGAUUAAGGCAUUGAACUUAUGGGGUUUUAUGCAUAGGAGAAGUGGAGGUAACAAAGAUGAGGAUGAAGAGAGAUAUAGUAGGGGAAAUGGGGUUGAGAGAUCGUUCUCCGAGUCUUGGCAAGAGCUGAGGGGGGAAAAUAAUGGCGAAAUGAGAGGGACAUUUAACAGAAACAUGUUUCGAAGUAAUAGCAGUGUAAGCUGGAGGAAUUCGCACAAUAUAGUUGGGUCAUUUGGAAGUAUGAAAAGGCAGAGUGUAGAGACCAAUGGGCAUGGAUGUAAGAGCAGAGAAGAUUUUGUUUUGGAGCGGAACCGAAGUGCUAGGCACACGCCAAAUGACACUGAUAAUGGCCUCUUCCGGUUCUACUUGACUCCGAUGAGGAGCAGCAAUCGAAGAGGUGGGCUGGGGAAGAGUAAGCCAAACAGCACGCAUUCAAUCGUAAGGAAUGUACUGCGCCUGUACUGAGAAUUGAAGUAAGUGCUUGCAAAACUGGAGCAGCUUAGGUCUUCGGGCUCAGCGAAAGGAUGCUAGGACUGCAGGUGUCAGUGGUUGCUGAUCCCGGCUUUGAAAAGGCCAUGUUUGGUGGCGCUGUUUGAGUGCAAAAAAGCAGCUCCUGCGAACAAAACAGCUACUUUGAAUAAGUAUGAUGGAAGCAGGCUCCAACAAGCUUCAGGAUCUGUUACUGUCAAUGUCUGGGGUUCUAUUCCAACAACACGAGCACCAGUCCUGUUCUAGUUGGACAGAAUAAUUGAUCUAAGCUAAACAGUAGCUACAAUCCCCUUGUCCGAAGCUUCAUAUCUAUACAAGGGAAGAUACAAUGCCAAAUACUUUUGUCUGACAAACCAACAGAAAAGGCAUCCUUUCACCCCCCCUUGUCCUUCACUUCUCUCUUGUUUAUCAUGUUACUGUAAUUGAGAUGAUUAUGAAUAAAUUGGUUGGAGUUUAUGUUCAAGUAUGGUUUUGGUCCAGUUGUCUUGUUCCCAGUAAUGUGAAAUAAUUUUAGGUAAAUUU